UUUAUCCACUAGAAAAUAUCUUCUAUCCCAUUUUAUAGUAACAUUACCCUUUCUCUAUUAUCAUAUAGUACAUAGUACACACUAUAUAUAUAUAUAGAGUUAAUCUUUCACUUUAUCCUCAAAAGUUUAACUCAUCCACCCAAUUAUUCAUUUAUUCAUUUAUUCAACAACAACAAACUAUUCCUGUUUAUUCAUAACACACUCAUAUCAUGUUCUCACCUCAAUUUAGCUCCCAACUAGAUUCUCAACUUGACUCUGAUACUUGUUCAACUCAUCAUAAAAAAUAUAUACCUCGAACUUCAACUACUAAUAUAUCAGAAAAUGAUCAUGUAAAACAUAAUAAAUCAUUUGACAUAACCGUAAUGUUAAAUGAUGAAAUCAGUUACUUACAUUGGUAUAACAACAUUCAAUGUCUUCUCCAAGAAUUUCCUCAAUUCCUCCCUUAUUUCAAUCUUGAAUUACUUCCUCGAAAUAACGAUAUGAAUAAUGAAGAUUAUCUCAUUCAUUAUAAUCAAAUUGAAUCCCUCUGUGUAGCUAAUCCUCAAACUAGUCAAUUCUUAAAUCAAAAAUUACUUCAAUCAAUUCAUCCUAAAUAUCAUUCCAUACUAUCUUCAUCCCUUUUAAUCUGUAAGAAUUUUGAAAAUUUAAAACAAUAUUUCGAAACUAAAAUCACUGGAUUUUAUUUAUUAAAUUUAGAAAAUUCAUUAACAUUGAAUCUAACUAAUACUUUACAAUUCUUAAUUGAUCUUGAUGAUCUAUGUAAGAUUUAUUAUUUCAUCUUUAGAGAAUCUCCAAAUCAUCAAUUGAAAAUUCAAUGGAUUAUGAAUUCAAUUAAUAAAGUUAGUAAUAAUGGAGAAUUAUUAUUACAAAUUCAAUUGAAUUGGGAAAAGAUUAAUAAGGAUCCAAUAUAUAUUAGAAAGAUAUUAACGGUUUAUUCGAAUAAGUUGAAAAUGAGAAGGAGACUUUAACGAGAUCAACGAAGUUGAUUGAGUAACUACUUUAACUACAGCCAUAUCAAGUACAACUACAACCAAAUCAUCAGCAUCUAAAGCUAUAACGACAAAAUUCAAUCUACAAUACUAAUCACGAUAUCUACGACCAUAUAUUCUAUCAACAUGCAUUAUUACCACAUCAUUUCCAUAUAUCAUUAUGUAACUAUUUAUAGAUAAUUUAACUAAAUAUAAGUUUAAUUUAUCUUCUCCCAUCGUAAUUUUGAUAAUAUCGGUAGAUACAUACUUU